AUGUCGACCGGAGUUAAGAGAGACCGCGACGGCAAUGCUCGUGCUAAGAACACGGCCGGCCCGAAGCAAUCGGGCCCGAGGGGAAGGUUCCAUGAUAUGUUUGAAGGUUUUCGAGAUGAGCUUGAUGAGCAUCAUGAUCGACGGGAGAGGAUUGUGAAGGCUUCGCGGGAUGUUACUGCGCAGAGUAAGAAGAUUAUUUUUGCCCUUCAGAGAGUCAAGCAUCUUAACAAAGACUUCCCACCUCACAUUCAGCAAGAUAUGGACACACGCCUUGAAGAAAUUGCCAAACUUCUCAACGGCAUUGCCCCCGAUCUGCAAAACGUCAACCGUUACCGCUACACCUCCCCCCUUCGUUGUCUGGAAGAAUUCGUCGAGGCCCUCUCUUUCGCACACUAUCUCCGCCACCAAACCCUCAUCACCCUCACGCAAACCCAAGCCGCAAUGCCAACCGACAUUGCUCUCACCACAAACGACUAUAUUUACGGCAUUUUCGAUAUCUUUGGUGAACUGAUGCGUUUUGCGACUGUGACGACAGCCCAGACGGGCGAGUUGGCUGGUGAGGGGGGACGUAACAUCAUGAGCGACAUCCAAGAGCUCGGGUGCGCGUUUGAGAUCUUGCCGGAUGUGCCGACAAAGGACUGGAGGGGUAAGAUGGGUGCGAUGAGGCAGAGUGUCAAGAAGGUUGAGAAGCUGGGUUAUGGCCUUGUGGUGAGAGGGAGUGAGAGACCUAAGGGCUGGGUGCCGGAUAUGAAGGAUGAUGCUCACGAACCAGCGUCGCCAUAA